AAAAAUUAAGAAAAAGAAAUUAAAAAUAAAACACUAAAAAUGCAUGAGAUAAAUCAAAUACCACAACAGCAUAAGUAAUCGAGCGGCAUGUUUCACUAAAAUAUUUUUUCUCGCUCCCCAAUGGCAAACUAAACGCCAAAACGUGCAGCAAGUGAAGUGAAAGCCCAAAGUGCGCGACAAUUCGGAAUAAAACGCUUGCAAAUUAUGCACAAUUGCUCGGGAAUUCAAAUAACGGGCAACCGCACCAAAAAACUGAAAAAUUUGCCGAUUAUAAAAACAACAGAAAAUAAAAAAUCUAGUGCAGUGAGUUGUGAAAAUGCUUUGGCAGGCGAAAACUAGUGAAAUUGUGCUGACUGCGCUGACUACGCGCUGCUGCAAUAGCACAAACAACAACAUUGUCGGGCUGCCAUAGACAUUGCGAACUGUUGUCGUCGUCGCGAGUAAACAAAACUACGCACGCGUGCGUUUGUCGGUUUGCCUGCGACAUUUCUGUGCAUACACAAGUGACUGCGACAGCAUAACGGGAACGUGAACGCGAACGCGCUUAGCAUAAAUAAAAUAUUCUCGAUAAUUUCGAUGCAUGAAAUUUGAAUGAGGCAAGCAAACAAAAAAAAAAAAAAACAAAAGAAAAACUAACACAUACAUACAAACUAACAGAAGUACGUGAAAUAAUAUUUUUGUGCAUGAGUGUAUGUGUGUAUUUGUGCCACUGAAGUAGUGCUAUGUUGUUGUAAAGUAGUUGUUGUAUGCAACAUUUCAACAUUUUCCAAAACUGAAACUGACAGUAGUGACAACAUUGCAAACAAGUGGUAACGCAAAAAUUACAACAACAAAAAACUCAUUUGCAAACAGCUAACACAAGCACCAAAUGCGCUUGUGUAUGUGUAUGUGUCUGUAGUAGAUGAAAGCAGCUGCCAGCGCCGCACGAGUGACUCACCGCCUGCCAAGCAGCGCACAAGUUACCGUUAGAGCAUAUUAAAAAUGGGCAUGUGUGCAUAUAUUUGCAGAAAAAUGAAUAGAGCGUUGAAAUGUAGCAGCUGCUGCUGAAAUAUGCGCAGCUGUAAUCGUGUGUGAGCCAACCGACACAGUCGUUGUCAUAAAAGCGACAUUCGAAACUCAAAAAAAAAAAAAAAAAUAUCUAAAAAUAAAAAGAUAUUGACAUUAAAAUUUCAUAGCGCACAUGCAAAAUGCUAAAAAUUUCGAAUCGUCGCAACAGUGUCAAUGCCGUGCAAAAUGUAAACAAGCAAAUCGCUUUUCCCCCGCCAAACAACAGUGAAGCGUUACGCUUGACCUCUGCGCUGACCAUGUCAACAAGCAACUACGGAGUGUAAACCAAAAAGUUGCCAGUGAGCUAGAAAAACAAAACGGUAAAUAAAAACGCUGAAAAAGUUUUGCGCUGAGCCACGAGUGAAAGUGAAAGUCGAAGUGCAAGUUCAACAGUAGCUGCAAAUAAUUGAAAACCUUGAAAAUAAAUUAAUUGAAAUAAGCUGUGAGUGCCCGCUAACGCCCAGUGCGCUGAAGCGAAACGCGUUUAAGGCAGUAACAGGAAAAAAAUAUUUUAGUUAAUCAAAAAAAGUUAAACAUCAGCAGUCAACAUGCUGCCGCAGCGUUGCCUCUGUGGCAACAACUUGCUGCGCAUCACCAUGAUGGUAGUGUUCGGCUUGGCAAAUCUAAAUAAUGGUCUUACAUCGUACGUCACGCAGGACAACAUUAAUAAUGAACUACACCGAAAUAUAAAUCAAAAUUUAAUUAUGUCGCCCGCGUCGGCCGGCAUUUCCGGUCCCAUUGUGACGAGCAAUUAUAACGGGCCUGCGCCGCAGCCGCCCGCCCAGCCAGCCCCCGGCCAUGGCAGUUUCCACGGCAGCUACAGUGCCGCCUACACAGCUUCAUCAGAUAUGCCUUAUCCGCCCUCUUCCAUUUCGGCGUCCUCAUCGUAUCACCAACACCAACACCAGCAACAGCAACAACAGCAGCAGCAACAGCAACAGCAGCUGAAUCUACAACAACCAUACCAUCAAACAAGUGGGAGUAGCAUAACAAGUUUUGAUUCGGCAAAUGUAAUUGAUGAGCGACACCAACAGCGGCACACCCAUCAACAUCAACAGCAGCAACAACAACAGCUACAGCACUUGGCGCGCCCACUGCACAAAGUGAUUGGCGUGGGGCUUGGCGGUGCUACUGGUAGUGGUGGUGUUGGUGGGCUUGAGCACAACAGCCUCGGCGAGGCGACGCUGGACGGCUCAGCCGAGAGCGCCAACGCCGGCUUGGAGGAGAUCUACGCCGCGCCCAUGUACUUCGGCACGGAGAACUCUACAAUUGUGACGACGCAAAUUGGCGCGUCCGCACAUAUACCCUGCACUGUGCAUCACAUUGGCGAUGGUGUGGUAUCUUGGAUACGCAAAAAAGACUAUCAUCUACUGACAGUGGGACUGACUACCUACAGCAGUGAUGAGCGAUUCAGCGCCACGCAUUUGAAGCAUUCCGAGGAUUGGACGCUGCAAAUAAAAUUUGUGCAACUACGUGAUGCGGGCGUCUAUGAAUGUCAAGUGUCAACCCAUCCGCCCACAUCAAUAUUUCUGCAUUUGAAUGUUGUCGAAGCGCGUGCUGAAAUCUCUGGACCGCCAAUACGCUAUUUGACUCCAGGCUCUACGCUGCGCCUACAGUGUCGCGUUGUGCAGAAUACGGAGGCGUCCGAGUUCAUAUUCUGGUAUCAUGACAACCGCAUGAUCAACUAUGACAGCGAUCGGGGCAUCAAUGUUUCGACGGAGCCAGAUUUUCAAUCAUCGGAGUUAACAAUACAACGCACACGCCGUGAACAUUCCGGAAAUUUUACCUGCGUAGCCAGUAAUACACAGCCUGCAAGUGUGUUGGUGCAUAUUUUCAAAGGUGAUAAUCCAGCAGCGAUGUAUCACGGUCAUGUGGGCGGAUCGACUAAAUCAUAUCAAACGCAUUUGCAUGGCAUUACGGCCAUAAUAGCCAUGGCUUACCGAAUAAUACAAACAUAUGUGCAUGUUAACCUGGCAUAAUUACGCUGACUAGCGGCAACGACAAAAGGAGCCAGAAAAACAGCAACAGCGAGGAACACACAGCAGUUGAGGAGCGAAGCGGCAUUUUGGUGCACGAAAACAUUUCGACGCUGCUGCACAUAAAUAACACGUAUUUACUAACAAAAACACACAUGAGUAUAUACGAGUACACACAUACAUACAUACUGUAGGUAUUUAUAUGGCUAGGCAUUUAAGUUGAAUAAAGCAUCUAAUAAGGCAUAAUGUAAGCGGACAUACUGUUAGUUGGUCAUGAGUUCACGGGUGCUUGAGCGUUUUGGGUGCUUGCGUUUGAUAGUGUGAAUGUGGGGCAAUUAUAUUGCAUGUGUGGUGGUGUGGGUGUGAGCGAUAAAUGUAAGCAUAGAAAGUCGUAUAGUAAAAAAGAAAUGAUAUGAAAUAGACGAUUUAGCGAUGAGAUCUGAAUACAUAUAAAAGCGAAGUUAGUUAUAUGAAUAUACAUAGAUGAGUAUAAAUACAUAUACGGUAGGUGAAAUCUGCGCGUGUGUUGGCAUAGAAUUUGAGGGUAUGAAAAUAUAACAAAUUAAUUAAUACAAAAUGGUGGAAAAGUAAAAUUAUUGCAAGUUUCUGUGUGUGCGUGUGAAAUAUGUGCUUUUCUAAAAAUUAUGGUUAUAGAAAAAUUAAAAAAAAAAACUUAGCAGAAAAUAGUAUUUUUUUAAUAUUUAAAUAAUUUUUUUGAAAAUUUAUUUUGAAAAUUUUCGAAAUAUUUUAGAUUAAGAUUU